AUGGUUGUAUUUGUGUUAACUUUUGCAACUAUUUUGGUUUUGCUAUGGGUAGCGGUUAAUUCGCUGUGGGUUUUUCCUAGAAAGAUCUAUAAGAAGUUGAGAAAGAAUGGUUUUGACGGUCCGAAGCCAAUUUUCCCUCUUGGAAAUAUCAGUGAGAUAAGACAGAGUUAUGAUCAGAGAGAUAUUGUUAAGUUCCUUCCUUCUUCUGUCAUCUCUCAUGACAUACAUUCCUCGGUCUUUCCCUACUUCUACCGUUGGCAAUCUAUUUAUGGGAAGGUGUUCAUCUACUGGUUAGGAACAGAGCCAUUUCUCUAUACAGCAGAUCCAGAAUUCCUAAGAAAGAUGGCGUCCAUAGUGAAGGGAAAAGACUGGGGAAAGCCAACCGUCUUCAAGAAAGAUAGACAGCCCAUGUUUGGAAACGGUCUUGUCAUGGUGGAAGGACAAAAGUGGCUUACUCAUAGGCGUGUUAUCUCACUCGCGUUUUCUCCACCCAAUCUCCAUGCCAUGACAAGCUUAAUGUUGGAAUCAACAAGAAAGAUGCUUGACCGAUGGGGUGCACUUGUUGCUUUGGGAAAGUCAGAGAUAGACGCAGAGGCAGAGCUUUCCAUAACAACAGGUGAAAUAAUCGCUAGAAUAACCUUUGGCCUAGAUCAUAAAAACGGAAGAGAGGUGUUCGAGAAACUAAGGACCAUGCAAAAGGUGUUGUUUAGUGCUAAUCGCUUUGUAGGUGUCCCUUUCUCUAGAUUGGUACAACCAAACAAAGUCCAUCAGGCUUAUAGGCUUGGGAAAGACAUCGACCGUCUGAUCUUAUCUAUCAUUAAGGAACGCAAGGAAUGGGACAUUAGUGGAAAAGAGAACGUGGGCGUCCACAAAGAUCUCCUCGGUGCCAUGUUACAGGGAAACAAACAUUCAGAUGAUCAUGUGUUUAGUGAAAGAGAAUUAUUGGAUGAAUGCAAAACCUUCUUCUUUGGUGGGCAUGAGACAACUGCGUUGUUGAUUACAUGGACAUUAUUGGUUCUUGCCGCAUAUCCCACCUGGCAAGAUCAAUUGAGAGAAGAAGUCAAACAAGUAGUUGGAGACAACAACAUAAUUGAUGCAAAUAUGCUUUCUAAACUAACAAAGAUGAGAUGGGUGCAAAAUGAGGUUUUACGAUUGUAUUCACCGGCACCAAAUGCGCAAAGGCAAUCUAGGGAAGACAUAUCUAUAGAAAAUAAUGUCAUUCCAAAGGGAACAAAUAUAUGGAUCGAUGUAGUGUCCAUGCAUCAUGAUAAGUCACUAUGGGGAGAUGAUGUAAUGGAGUUCAAGCCUCAGAGAUUUCAAAAUGACCCUUUGUAUGGAGGGUGUAAGCACAAAAUGGGGUUCUUGCCAUUUGGUUUUGGAGGAAGAAUGUGCGUGGGAAGAAACCUAUCAAUGAUGGAGUACAAGAUAAUCUUGUCCCAAAUCCUCACUCAAUUUUCUUUCUCGGUUUCAUCUAAUUACAUUCAUUCCCCAGUUCACAUGCUCUCUCUUAGGCCAACUCAUGGGUUACCUCUUAUUUUUAAGUCUCUUUAAAUUACUAAUUUGAAAUAACAGUAAUUUAUUUAUCAU